GGAAGGAGCAUCAGGAGGACACAGACAGACAGACAGACUGCCGGCGGAUCACGGAGCCUCCGCCGCCGCCUCUGAGCCGCUGCAGCCGGACACAGAAGCAGCAGACACGGCCGCAGACACGGAGCCAUGGCCGCUGAAGAGAGCCGAUCCGCGGCCUGCACCGGCUCCAGCCUCCUGCAGCCGGUCAGCGAGAUCACCAACCUGCCUCUGGAUCAGGUGAACUUUGUGGUCUGUCAGCUCUGUGCUCUGCUGUCGGCCUUCUGGUUUCGUCUCUUCCUCCAUCCCAGUAAAACCAGUCCCUUCAUCAGACACGUGGUGGCGACUCUGCUGGGACUCUACUUCGCUCUCUUCUGCUUCGGAUGGUACGCGCUUCACUUCCUGGUUCAGAGUGGACUCACCUACGGCAUCAUGAUCCUGACCGGAGUCGAACACAUGCACAAAUACUGCCUGCUGGUGGCGCUCAGCUACCUGAGUCUGUGUCAGAUCACUCGAGUCUACGUCUUCGACUACGGCAUGUACUCCGCCGACUUCACCGGACCCAUGAUGGUGAUCACUCAGAAGAUCACCAGCCUGGCGUUUGAAAUCCACGACGGAAUGGCACGGAAAGAGGAACAUCUGACACCAGGACAGAAGAUUUUGGCAAUAAGGAGGAUGCCCAGUCUGCUCGAGUACUUCAGCUACAACUGUAACUUCAUGGGGAUCCUGGCCGGACCCACCUGCUCCUACAACGACUACAUCGCCUUCAUCGAGGGAGAUCCCCGUCGCCAUAGAGACCAGGAGGCCGACAGGAAGGUCAACGGCAAGCUGAGGCAGAGCGAACCCUCGCCGAACAUGGAGGUGGUGCGUAAAGUGGCCACCUCCUUCUUCUGCCUGCUGGUCUUUCUGUCGGUGUGUAAGGUUUUCCCCGUGGAGCGAAACAUCGACGAUGACUUCAUCGCCAACACGCCGUUCUACGCUCAGGCGGUCUACCUGUACCUGUCCAUGCUGACCACCAGACCCAAGUAUUACUUCGUCUGGACGCUUGCUGACGCCAUCAACAACGCCGCCGGCUUCGGCUUCAACGGCUACGACAGCGACGGCUCUCCUCGCUGGGACCUCAUCUCCAACCUGAGGAUCCUCAACAUCGAGUUUGCCACCAGCUUCAAGGUUUUCCUCGAUAACUGGAACAUUCAGACGGCACACUGGCUCAAAAGGGUGUGUUAUGAGCGGUGCCCUUACCACCCGACAGCAGCCACUUUCAUCCUGUCGGCCAUGUGGCACGGAGCCUAUCCAGGAUACUACCUCACCUUCCUCACUGGCAUCGUCAUCACACUGGCUGCUAGAGCGGUCAGACACAACGUUCGGCCGCACUUCCUGCAGUCGCCGUCCCACAAACAGGUCUAUGAUGUCAUCACGUGGGCGGCAACUCAGAUCGCCAUCUGCUACACUGUGGUGCCUUUCGUCCUGCUGUCCGUCGGUCCGUCACUUAAGUUUUACAGGUCCUGGUACUUCAGCCUCCAUAUCGGCUGUGUUCUGCUGGCUGUGGCGUUGCCGGUCAAACCGAGACAUCUCCGCCUGAAAGACCAGCAGAAGAACCUUCUCCAACACCCAGUCCAGCGCCAUCUGGAGGCUACAGACAGCAAAUGCAGCCAAAAGGAGAAAACCACAUGAGGUGGAGGACAGAAGACAGACUCUUUUGACAUUGUUUUACCAUCAACUUGUAUAGAAAGAAAAGGAGGUGAACCAUAUCAAAGAGACCUUCCUCCUGUCUGCGGUGUGCGAUCGCCAUGACACCAAGUUAAAUUAUUAUCUGGAUUCAUGGGACAAUGAAUGGAUGGUGUCUUACCUGAUGAAGUGUUUUCUCACUAAACUGAUUCUUUGCGAGGAGGUGCGACUGCCAGGACGGCAUUUUGACUCUGAAAACCAACACAAGUGAACAUAUCUGGGUGAUAACGUCUGACGGCUCGGUGAUGAUGGCUGAUAUAUAAAUACAUAUAUACUGUAACUUUAUAUGGAUGAAGCAGCUGUAUGUGGAACAAUACAAACUGCCCUGAGCUGCCGUGUUCACCUGUGUAGUGUUAAACUGACUUGAUUUUUCUUUCUGGUCAGAAAGCUGCUGACUGCUGCCUGUCCAUGUGCAGAAAUGAAUGAAUGAAGGGAUGAAUUGGGGGAAUCGACCGAAUGGAUGAAUAAACGAGUGCAUGAAAGCAGAGUAAAGAAAAGUGCAGUCUAUGAAAUGACAGGAUGAUGAGGUGGAAGUGUGAGGUGAAUGAGCAGGCCAGUGAGUUAGUGCAUUAAAAAAAACUAAGGAGUUAAUGAAUGAAACAAAGAAGCAGAAGAAGAUUAAUGAUGUUUUCUCCUCCACAUUCCUCCCAGACUGUCUAAUUUCACGGACUGACAGUCAUCGUGUUAUAUUUAAGUAUUGGCUAUGAAACCACACCACCACAGUAUUCAUAUUCUGGGAAAGUGCCAAUGAUAACUCCACUCAGUCGCCUUAGUUGUUUUUUGUUUUGUUUUUUUACAAGAAAAAGAACGUUGUGAGGGCGUUGUGUUUACAUUUGUAGAUGUCAGUCUUUGUCCAGUUGUUAUUUAUGUGAUUUAUGUAAUUCCAACAGAUGUGUGGUUUUUGAUGUAAGAUGUGUGAAGAUUCAUCUUGAAGAAAGGGAAAAUAUUUAGCAAGACUUUAGGAAAUUAACUCAAACUCUCUCAAAUUCAAAUUCCAUGAUGUGAACUGAAAAACUGCUCAGAUCAACAGCAGGAAGUCAACCUGACAUUUUCACCUGUGUCUCAUUGCAUGGUUACGAAGCUUGGUUCAGGUUUAGUUUAGAAGCUAAACGAGACAAACAAAACUGUUUAGGUCACGUUAGCUAACAGGGCAGUUAAGCAGCAAAAACAGUUGAUACAGCGAUUGGUUCAGUUUAGCAGCUUUACUGUUUGGGUUAGCUAACAGCUCAGUGAGAAAGCUAAAUCCGUUUGGUUGAGUUUAUCUAAUUGGGCAGUUUAGCAGGUAGAAUAGUUUGUGUCAGGUUAGCUGGCAGUUUAUUGUUGAAGAUAAAACAGUUGGCUUAGGUUAGCUAAGGGUUCCGCUUAGAUAAUAAACCUUGGUUUAGGGUUAGCUAACAACUCAGAGUAGAAGAUAAACUAGUUGGUUCAAGUUAGCAAAUGGUUCAGUUUAGCUAAAAGAGAUACAGGUUAGCUAACAGCUCAGUGCAGAACCCAGUCGAUUCACAUUGGUUCAAUUCAGCAGCAAACAGGUUUAUUUGGCUAAAUUCUCUUUAGCAACUAAAAAUAAAAAUCUGCACCAUCUUUCUUUAGUAAUGUCUUUAAACAUGACACUUUAUGCCAUACUAGAACCAACAUUGCAUGGUUAUGUCGGGUUAUGUAGCCUAAGUUCAGUUCAACUCUACUUUUGUCUCUUUCUGACGUCCUGAUUCGUCCCACACAUCUUGAAGGAAAUUAGUGUGGGGAAAAAAGGACAUAAAACUGUUGGGAUCCAGUAUUACUUUCCACCAAAAGCUACUUCAUGUUUGUAGUCGUGUCUCCUUCACUAAACAAGAAAAACACAUCUUCCUGUGUGAAAUUCCAUAUUUGUAUUUUUAACAUUGUGUUUGUUUCUUGAAAUUUCAUGAGACCUGGUUAGGAUGUGACAGUGCUGAUAAUUACAGAGGUUGAUUGUUUGAGAUGACACACAACAUUUAAUGUUCUCGCACUGAACCAGCCACAUAUGUGUAGGUUUGAUAUGGACAAUGUAUUUGUUUUUUUUGUAAAUUAUGUGAUUAAACCUUGAUUUGUUUUUGACACUCGA